AUGUUCGCUGUGUCUGGCUUGGAACUCUUUGGUCAAGGCAGCUUGGGCGAUGCGGUUCGUCUUCAGCUGAGUCACUGGACGGUGCUUGCCGGUCGUCCACUGGACAACAGUGCUUUGAUCUUCGAUGUUGUGGAAGCACUGGAGUUGAGAACUCCUGUCGUGUGGAAUACAAUCUCUGGCCGUAAAGGGGGCUCGUUUUUUACAACUCUGGAAGAUGGGCAGGAAGCAAAAUUUCGGAGAGAGCUGCCUGCGCAGCACCAUCCUGCUUUCGUCAGUGGGUGCAGUGGGUGCCAUCGAGUUUUGCGAUUGCCGCUGCCGUAUGCGAUCAUGCUCAUGCGAAAACAGUGGUUUACUGUUGCAGUGCCCGAUUUGGUUUGCAAGUGGAACUACGACCCUUACGGCACGGACGGCGGCAGGAAAUUUGUAUCUGGCCUGGUUGGGGCCGGUCGCAAGUAUGAGCGUGCUUGGGCAGCCCUCCGCAAGUUUGGGCCGAGACCAAAGGACGUGCCCGAUGCAUCUGAACCUGGUGAGGGUCGUGGUCACGGCGCUUCUUUAUCCAAGCAGGGCCUGGAUGUCGUGCAUGACAGCAAGAAAGUCUGGGACUUGGCUGACUGUUUAGUGAGUUUGGGAAACGGUCGAGGGGACUCCGUGGAUCCGUCGACGUGGCAGGACUUUGUCGCUGGCCUUCGGUUCCAGCAUUGUGAAAGCUUGCUGUUGAGUGCGAGGCGGCAUGCGUAUGUUGCUGGAGAGCCGAGCCUUGCUUUUCGCAUCGGCCACCUUGUGGAAACAAUGCUUUUCGCGAUGUUCUUGAGCAAUGAUUCGAAUGUUGGCGAGGCGUUGAAAAUGGCUGCAUGCCUGCUGCUUCCACAGCAGCUUGCCAUGGCGUGGAUUGACAGGAUAUCGGCCGAUCCUCAGAAAUAUCUGCCUUCGGCCUCGAUAAUGUCGCAGAGACGAGCAGCUCUGGACAUUGGCUUUGCCAGGUUGCAACAAGACUGGUUGACAAACAAGCUGCUACAGGGCUGCUGCAUCUUCGCCAUGACAGAUUCUUCCCCGCAGGGCGGGCGUGACUACGAGAUCACAGUGCUCGACAUCGUCGCGGCAGCUGAUGCUCGAGACAUCAUGCGCGGGAUCACGUUCUUCCAGGUGACAAAUGGGUCAUGCCUAUGUCCUAUGUUGCGUGGGAAGAUUGUUCAAAUGAUUCCGCCCCCCAUAACAUUGGGCGGGCGAGCCGGAAAUGCUGCUCAUCGCUUGUCCGCAUUCUUGCAGUCAUUGCUACUCAUCAGUGGUGAUUUCAAGACCUUGCAGAAAGUGCUGUCAUCUCUUCUUAGCAUCACGACAGACUUGGGCGUGGAGAGCUUGCUUACCAAGCUGGAGCCGAUAGCAUUGUCAGCUGUGCUGCCAUAUUUCGGCCCUGCUCCCACAGCAGCUUCUGUUGCUGAGGACCAAGCUUUUCGAGUGCAAGCAGACGAGUCUCUGGACCAGGAGCCUUUCCGGCAGCAGGCGGAAAACUGCUUUGAUGAAGAGCAAGGGGAGUCGGAGCGACUCAUCGCAAAAUGUUUUUCCAGCGGCCCUGCGGGUCAGUCUGAAGUUCGAAGCAAGAUUGAGGCUUUCAAUGCCGAGUGCUAUCGAGAACGCUGGGGCACAGUGGCUCGGUGCGCCAUCGAGCUGCACCAUGUUCUCCCGGCACUUCGUCUAGGAUGGAGCAAGGAGGCAUGCCUGGCAGGAUCAUCUGUUCAAUCGCGAGGUGUGAAUAUUGAGGCAGUCGACAAGUUGGUGCAAUGCCCAUGGUUUGAGAGCUUUUUGGUCAUGUUGAAAGUGUUUUCAUCGAUCGUCUUGCAUCUCAUUCACUGGGUAGAGAGCUGUCCCUGCCAUUGGCAUCUAUUGACGGGUGCUUCAGCGCAGUUGCUCAGCAAAGCAGACAGGCAUCUCUUGGAGCAAUGCCCCAUGCGCACAGGGCGAGCCCCCGAACUUGCCCAGGGAGACUUCCUGAAGGAGCUGACGUCCUUCUCCUCUUAUGCAGGUUCGGACUUUCUGCAACAAUUCCCUGUUGAGCUUGAGGAGUCCCAGCAAGCGACCAUGCUUCUUGGGCUUGCCCAAAGGGGUUUGUAG